CAACCUAUCAAUCUCAGCUGUUCGGCAGGAAAAGAAAAACAAAGAAAAUACAAACGGAUUAUAAAUGUUUCUGUUCAUCAGCCGUCCCACGCGGACGCUGGGCAACCGGAUGCAGGCGGUUCGCGAGCGUCUGGGCGCGGAUUUAGCCGAACAACUGGACGCACUGCAUCGGAAUGUGAUGCGAACUGGCCUGGUGUCCACCAAGGAGUUAGAGGAGGCAUUCCGCAAGACGCGCGUCAGGGACCACAACCCGAACCGCUUGAAUCUGCUCUGGCUGCUUGGUAUUGUCUUCUUUAUUAUGGUGGCCACGCCGGUCUUCUACGAGACCAUCUCGUUCCUGCUCGGCGUGCGCUGCUUCCUGCCCAACAACUACCUGGUCUGGGAGGCCACGCGUCCCAUCAGCGACUGUGAGUUCUGCAAGGGCGUCCGGGCUCCUCUGAUCCUGGCCAAUCUCACCAUGGAGGAGUUUGCGCCGCACGCCUACUCCUCGCUGCCCAUCAUUGUAAAGCGGGCGGUGGCCCAUUGGCCAGCCCAAAAGGACCUUAGCUUUGCCUACAUUAAGGAUCUGUACGAGAGUGUCCCUGGAGCCAUGGAUACGGACUGUCAGUUCCUGCACUUCAACUCGGAUCUCAAGACGCUGAAGGAUGUGCUUGCCAUGUCUGCGGAGCGUUCGAAUCUGAGCCAGGGAGUGCCCUGGUUCGUUGGCUGGAGUGUCUGCCAACCGGCUGUCCUGGCGGAGCUGAGGAAGCUAUAUCCCCGCCCUCAUUUUCUUCCUGUCGAUGCCGAAAUGCCACACACGGAUUUCAUUUUGAUGGGCUACGAGCAGGGGGCUGUGAUGCAUCUGGACUACAUUCCCCGUCUGAUGUGGCAGGCCCAGCUGAAGGGCAACAAGAGCUGGUUUCUGGCCCCCGCCCCCGAAUGUGACCACCAGUGCCAGCCCUUCUCCUUCUACGUGGAGCCCGGCGAUGCUGUCCUGGUGGACACGCGCAAUUGGUACCAUGCCAAUACCAUCCCCAAGGGUCAGUUUUCGCUCACUGUUCAGUCGGAGUAUGGAUGAUUGUCCUGUUAAAAUCGGAGAUUAAUAAUUAAAACUGAUCUUAUAAGUUAAGCUUUAUAAUCCUAAGGAAGUAAUUGUUUACCAAAUAAGUUAUUUUUAAUACUGGUCUAGACUGUAUGUUUAUUAAGACCGCUUGUACGUUAACGUCAUUUUCUUAGCCAUACAUAUGAUAAGGAGUAAUUGCCACUCCAUAAUAAUCAACUUAUUAAGCGAUUUUAUUAUAUUAAGAAGCUUCAAAGUGAGAAUAUAACUCUAGAGAUUUCAA